GUGGCCGCUGUCCCAGUCGUCGCCCUACUUUGUCGAAGCCAACUCAGCUCGACACUCGGUUUACACCUCGCGGGACGACGCAACGCGCGCGCGCGCGCGGUACACCCGAUAGAGACAGAGAGAUAGAUAAAUAGUUAGAUACAUUGAUAGAGAGUGAAAAAGAGAGAGAGAGAGAGAGAGAGAGAGAGAAAGAAAGAAAGAAAGAAAGAAAGAGAGAGAGAGAGAGAGAAAAAGAAAAGGACAAACUCUUACAUGUAAACACAUAUAUAAGGAAUAAGCGCGCGCGUACACACUUAAAUACAUACACGCAUAUAUAUCUCAUAUCACACGUCCUGGAUUUCGUCCAAUCGAGAAAAUAAAAAGACUAAAGAAGAACGUCGACACUGCCAACGAUAGACUCGAUGAAAUCUAUAUAAUUGUUUAUUUGAACACUGCCAGCAAUUAAUAAAGGAAUCAUUGAAAAGGAUUACAUUGAUCGUAAACGAUCGAACAUAUAUACGUAUAACGACGAGAUCUCGUUGCAACGUUAGAUUCUUUUUAUGAUCAACGUCCACGGAGACCGUUGAUCGUGGGAAAUGGUGAAAAAAAGUUAGCAAAGUUUCGUUACGUAAGGUUCCGCGUGAGCCUGCCAUUUUGGUUCACGCAGAGAGAAGUCUAGAACCGGCAAUGAUAGUUCGUCAUGUGUUCUUACGUCGAUGAACGAUCGUAACUUUAUUGAGAAAGAACGAAUACGAAAAGAAGAAAGAAAAAAAGAAAGCAAAAGAAAGAAAAGAAAACAAUGACAAAACAAAUAAAAUAGAAAUAAAAAAUGAAAUGAACUGAACUUUACUAGUUAGUUAUUGUAUCGUUUCGACAGAAAGAGAGAGAGAGAGAGAGAGAAAAGGAAGAAAUCGGAAAAAAGAGAUAGACAAGAGAAAAGGAAGGAAAAGUGAGAAGGAAAGAAAAAAAGAAAAAAGAGAAUAGAAUUAAAACGAAAAACUGAAAGUCAAUUGUAAAGGACAAAAUUUCCUUCGGGGGGUUUUUUUUCCCAUGAAUGUUCGAAAGGGAACGCUUGUUCGAGGAAAAGAAUUUUAGCGCGUGGACUUUCACAAACGGGAGCGCUCGCACGAUCACACAUAGAAAAUUAUUUAUGUAUCGUGAGUGACUGUGUGUAUGUGUAUAUGUGUGUGUGUGUGUGUAUGUGCGGGAAGAUGUGUGGUGGGGGGCCGGAGAGGAGACGCUUUAAAAACAGGUUGCGCGUGUUAGAUGAUAAGGACAAAUAAAAGUUUUAAGAGGCCGAGGAAGCAAAAAAGAAAAGGAAAAAAAAAGAAAAGAAGAAAAGGAGUGACGAAGAACGACGACGAUUUCUAAAAUAAAAGAAAAAGUGGUGCGAAAAUAUUUCGUGUUUCGGUGUAUUUAGACAAUUAUUAUUAUUUGUUACCGCGUGAUAUCGCAUAGAAAAGUGACGUAAUAUACAACGAAAUCUUCCCAUCGUGACAUCCAACUCUUCAUCGUUAUUGUUGUCGUCGUCGUCGUCGUCGUCGUCGUCGUCGUUGUUAUCAUCAUCACCGUCGUCGUCGUUGUCGUCGUCGUCAUCGUCGUCGACGCGUUUAUUUGUCGAAAUAUAACUCGUCCCGACGUUUCACGACGUCGGUCGGGUUUCCAAAAAAAAAAAAAAACACACACACACAAGACUAUAAACCAACGAUAAUUCAUAAUUUGGAUGUUCUAAGGGAAAAAAGAUGAAUUAUGACCCUUACGAGCAGCCCGUGUGAGCUAGACAACAUGAGCUUGUUUCAAGACCUCAAGUUGAAAAGGAGAAAGGUCGACUCCCGAUGUAGUAGCGACGACUCCCCGGUAUCCCUCGGAUCAGCAGGCUCGCCGCUCGGGAUCCAGCCGGCGGACGCACCUUCACCCAUAAACUUUCCUGCUCCAGGGGAGAGCAUGGCGGAUACCUCGACCCUGUCACCAGACGCCAACAUGCCAGGCUCGCCGGAUUGUCCUAUGGUCAAAGUGAAGAGCGAGUACGUCCUGGGCAGCCCGAGUCCAGGAACACCUCGAGAUCCUUUGCGAGUCACUGCCAUUAGUGGUGGUGGUGGAGGUGGAGGAAGUAAUGGCGGAGGUGCAGGAAGUGCUGGUGGAGGUGCUCAGGAAUUACGCGAAACAACGUGCUCGGAUCGUGCUUCGCCUGAUUCGGUCUUCCCAGAUGCUGGAAGCAUGGUGGGAUUUAGGGUUAUCGAGGAACAACAACAGCAACACCAUCACCAGCAGCAGCAGCAGCAGCAGCAACAGCAACAGCAACAGCAACAGCAGCAGCAACAUCAUCACCAGCAGCAGCAACAGCAGCAGCAGCAGCAGCAGCAGCAGCAACGUUCCAGCACACCAGCACCAAACAGAUCCUCACCUUAUUCACCCGUUCAAGCUGUCUCCACGACACCAAUGCCUCUAGAACCGUCCUCAAGGAGCGAAAGUCCCGAUAAGGGUGAUCUUUCAUCUAUCCAAAUGAAAGAGGAAUCCGACAAUUCGGUCUUCGACGGUGGAGGUGGCGGCGGUGGUGGUGGUGGUGGCGGAGGCAACGGCGGCAGUGGUGGAAGUAAUUCCGGCGUUCGUACGGACACAUCCAGCCAGCCUAGUCACCGGAAUAGUCCGUCGUCGCAAUACAAUCCAAACCAGAGUAUGAGCCCUACCGGUAGUUCGGCUCACGUCUCUCAACAGCAGCAGCAACAGCCGCAACAAGCAUCGCCAAGGGCACGAGCGCCAUCGGUACCGCCUCAUCUCCUGGCUCAUCAUCAAUUCUGGUCACAAAAUUCCGGCGUACAGGGAUUUGCCACGCAAAGGCUAUUGAACGGCGUAAUAAGUAGUGCCGUUAGUUAUGGACAAAAUGUUGCGACGGUUUCCACCAGUAGCUGCACUACUUCUAGUAGUAGUACGGGAACUGGUAAUAGCGGUGGUGGAACUUCCGGAAGUACGGGGGCAACCACAACGGCGUCUUCGUGCGAAGGAAUGAAGCCACCGGCUCAAAGACCAGCCCCAGCACCACCCAGACCACCGCCAACGGUGAUCAUGGGAGAAAUCGGUGGCGUUAGGACGAUGAUAUGGUCAACGCCACCUUUGGAUCCUGUACCACCACCCGCGGCCUCGUGGACCGCCACAGCCGCGGCUGCCUCUUGUUCCUCUUCCGAGGAAUCAGCGGCACAACUUCUCCUAAACCUCGGACAAGAGUCCAGAGGGAAACCACCUUCCGUUUCCUAUUCGUCCGGACCACCCCUCAACAUGGAGAGGCUAUGGGCCGGCGAUUUAACGCAACUGCCGGCUGCCCAGCAGAUGCAAGCCCUCAAUCUCACGGCGUCAGGCUCCAGUCAGCCUUGGGUGAGAAACGGCGGGGUCGUCAAGUCCGAGGCGGCCUCGCAAUCAAUGUCGGUCGCACCACCUGCCCCACCGUUACCGCCUCAGGAACACGAGGAAGACGAAACGCCCAUGAUCUGCAUGAUCUGCGAGGAUAAAGCCACGGGUUUACAUUAUGGCAUUAUCACGUGCGAAGGGUGCAAAGGUUUCUUCAAAAGGACUGUACAAAAUAGGCGGGUGUAUACGUGUGUAGCAGAAGGUGGCUGCGAAAUCACAAAGGCACAGAGAAACAGGUGUCAGUACUGCCGUUUUAAAAAGUGUAUCGAACAGGGUAUGGUCCUGCAAGCCGUUAGAGAAGACCGGAUGCCUGGCGGAAGAAAUUCCGGUGCGGUCUAUAAUCUUUAUAAGGUUAAAUACAAGAAGCAUAAGAAGAGCAACAAAGGAAGUGGGAUGAGCGGUGGGAACAUGGGUGGCAUGGGUGGCGGUGGUAACGUUGGUGGUGUGAACGGGUCGGGAUCCCUUGGUGCCAAUAAAGGUACCAUGGGCCCGACGAUGUUAGACAAACACAUGGUAGCAGCUGCGGCUGCACAUCAUAGUCAGCAACAGCACGCACAGCUCGCUGGUAGCUUCCUUCAUCAUCAUAAAAUUUCGUCGGGCGAUCCGCUCAACUCGCAACCUACUCCCAGCCAUCCAAGUCACCCUGCCCAUUCGGGCCACCUCGUCAAUGGAACGAUCCUGAAGACUGCUUUGACCAACCCUUCUGAGGUGGUACACCUACGGCAGAGGCUAGAUAACGCCGUUAGUAGUUCGAGGGAUAGAGCAUUUCCUUUGGACGCGACCCUCGCUAUGAUUCAAACGCUCAUAGAUUGCGACGAGUUCCAAGAUAUUGCUACGUUAAGGAACUUGGACGAGCUGCUGGACCAUAAAUCAGAUUUAAGUGAGAAGCUGUGUCAAAUAGGAGACAGCAUAGUGUACAAGUUGGUGCAGUGGACCAAAAGGUUACCGUUUUACCUUGAGCUGCCGGUUGAAGUUCACACGAGGCUGCUCACUCACAAGUGGCACGAACUCCUCGUGCUGACCACCUCCGCUUAUCAGGCGAUGCACGGUCAGCAUAAGUUCACCAAUGUGGCCUCGGAUGAGACGGGCGCGGAUUUUAUGCAAGAAGUUUCCAACAACAUGUAUACGCUGCAAACGUGCCUAACUAGCAUGAUGGGCAGACCGAUAACCAUGGACCAAUUACGGCAAGACGUAGGGCUCAUGGUAGAAAAAAUAACUUAUGUCACGCUUAUGUUCAGGCGAGUAAGGCUACGGAUGGAGGAAUAUGUCUGUCUAAAAGUGAUCACCAUGCUCUCGCAAGAUGCAAAAUCACGAGGAGGUACACUGGAGUUAGAACAGAUACAAGAACGGUACAUGAGCUGUCUGCGAAGUUUCGUCGAACACAGUGCACCACAGCAACCAGGUCGAUUUCACGAUCUUCUCGUCAGGUUGCCGGAAGUACAAUCAGCGGCAGCUCUACUUCUCGAGAGUAAAAUGUUCUACGUUCCUUUCCUAUUGAACUCAGCAAUUCAAAGAUAGUAAAUAAAAAAGCUGACGAUAAAAGCUGAAUUACCUAUAUACAUACUAUACAUACAUACAUAUACAUAUUAUACAUAUAUAUAUAUACAUAAAAAGAAGAGGUCAAAAGGAACCUAAUAACAAGACACGAGAAAAAGAGAGAGAGAAAGAGAGAGAGAGAGAGAGAGAGAGAAACAAACAAAGAAACGAAAAACCCCGUAAAAAUGGACUCAGAGAGAUAGAGAGGGGUGGAAAGGCUUUGUUUGUGUAUGUAUGAUAUAAUUAUAAAAAGUAUAUAUAUAUACAUAUAAAUAAUAUAAAUAAUAAUAUAAUUGUGUGUGUUCGUUGCGUUGUACAAAACGAAAGAGGAUAAAAUGAGAGGGAGAGAAAGAGAGAGAGA